GUCCUCAUUGGAGGGACAUGAAGAUCCUUUUGGGAGUGAUCGUGCUUCUGGCCUGCAGUGUUCUUGUGGCCCAAGGGAGCCUCCUGGAAUUUGGACAAAUGAUUAAAACAGCAACUGGAAAAAGCGCAUUCCCAGAGUAUACUUCUUAUGGGUGCUACUGUGGACUGGGUGGCCAAGGGGAACCCUGGGAUGCCACUGAUCGGAACCCCCAAGAACAGUCUACAAGAUUCGUGGCUGCAAACGAGGGAAGCUGGUGCGAGAUGGAGAUCUGUGAGUGUGACAAGGCAGCUGCCCUCUGCUUGCGAGACAACCUGAACUCGUACAACGAGACACUCCGUUUCUACUUCGACAUCCACUGCGAAGAGGGGCCCAUUCAAUGUUAA